AUGGGGAAAGCGGCCGCUCCGAGCCGAGGCGGCGGCUGUGGUGGCCGCUCCCGCGGGCUCUCGUCGCUGUUCACGGUUGUCCCCUGCCUGUCCUGCCACACGGCGGCGCCGGGCAUGAGCUCUUCCACGUCCGGCUCCGGGCUGGAGCCCAAGCCUCAGCCCCAGCCAGUGCCCGAACCGGAGCAGGAGCCGCUGUCAGAACAGGUGUCGGAGCCGGUGCCGAGAUCGGAGCCUGUGCCCGAGACGACGUCUGAGCCGGCCGGGCAGGGAUCGGAACUGCUGCUAGGGUUGCGGACAGGGUCGGAGUCUGGCCCAGGUGUAGCGGCGGGGCCCUUCACCAAGGCCUUAUCAGAGCAGCUGCCCCCACAGGGGUCAACAGUGGGGAGCGUGCCCUUGCUCAAACCUGAGUUAGGGUCAGUGCCGGCGUUAAAGCCCCUGCCUCUACUGCGACCAGGACAGGUGAAGACGCCUCUUGGGGUUUCAAUGCCCAGGACUGGCACAUCUUCUGAUGUCCCGAUGGUCUUACUGCCUCUGGACAGCUUCAAGGGCUGGCUUCUCAAGUGGACCAACUACCUGAAGGGCUACCAGCGCCGCUGGUUCGUGCUUGGCAAUGGCCUGCUGUCUUACUACAGAAAUCAGGGUGAAAUGGCCCACACCUGCCGUGGAACCAUCAACCUGUCCAGUGCGCAUAUUGACACAGAAGACUCUUGUGGUAUCUUGCUGAUCAGCGGGGCAAGGACCUACCACCUUAAGGCCAGCUCAGAGCUGGACCGGCAGCAGUGGAUCACCGCCCUGGAGCUGGCCAAGGCCAAGGCUGUUCGCAUGAUGGACACCCAUUCAGAUGACUCUGGGGACGACGACGAGGAGACUGCCUCCCCAGCUGACAAGGGCGAGAUCCACCACACCCUUAAGAACCUCUCCUUGAAGUUGGACGACCUGAGCACAUGCAAUGACCUCAUCGCCAAGCAUGGCGCUGCGCUGCAGCGCUCCCUGAACGAACUGGACGGCCUCAAAAUCCCCUCCGAGAGCGGCGAGAAGCUGCAGGUGGUGAACGAGCGGGCCACCCUCUUCCGCAUCACAUCAAAUGCUAUGAUCAACGCCUGCAGGGACUUCCUGGAACUAGCAGAGAUACACAGCCGGAAAUGGCAGCGGGCGCUGCAGUAUGAGCAGGAGCAGCGCGUCCACCUGGAGGAGACCAUCGAGCAGUUAGCCAAGCAGCACAACAGCCUCGAGCGGGCCUUCCGCAGCGCCCCCGGCCGGUCCUCCAACCCCGCCGAGAGCUUCAGCGAGGGAAGCCUCUUGACUCCCAAAGGAGAGGACAGCGAGGAAGAUGAAGAUACCGAGUACUUUGAUGCCAUGGAAGACUCCACGUCCUUCAUCACCGUGAUCACCGAGGACAAGGACGACAGGAAAGCUGAAGGUGGAAACAGAACAGGCUCUGUAGACUGGACCUCGGCAGACAAUGUAAGUGAGAUUCUAGAUGGUGCCUCGCUUGUACCCAAGAGUACAUCCAAAGUCAAGAGGCGAGUCCGCAUCCCCAACAAGCCCAACUACAGCCUUAACCUCUGGAGCAUCAUGAAGAACUGCAUCGGCCGGGAGCUCUCCAGGAUCCCCAUGCCGGUGAACUUUAACGAGCCCCUGUCCAUGCUCCAGCGGCUGACUGAGGACCUGGAGUACCACCACCUGCUGGACAAGGCGGUGCACUGCACCAGCUCGGUGGAGCAGAUGUGCCUAGUGGCCGCCUUCUCCGUGUCCUCCUACUCCACCACCGUGCAUCGCAUCGCCAAGCCCUUCAACCCCAUGCUGGGUGAGACCUUCGAGCUGGACCGCCUCGAUGACAUGGGCCUGCGCUCCCUCUGCGAGCAGGUGAGCCACCACCCACCCUCGGCUGCACACUACGUGUUCUCCAAGCACGGCUGGAGCCUCUGGCAGGAGAUCACCAUCUCCAGCAAGUUCAGGGGGAAGUACCUCUCCAUCAUGCCACUGGGUGCCAUCCACUUAGAAUUCCAGGCCAGUGGGAAUCACUACGUGUGGAGGAAGAGCACCUCAACCGUACACAACAUCAUCGUGGGCAAGCUCUGGAUCGACCAGUCAGGGGACAUUGAGAUUGUGAACCAUAAGACCAAUGACCGCUGCCAGCUGAAGUUUUUGCCCUACAGCUACUUCUCCAAAGAGGCAGCCCGAAAGGUGACGGGAGUGGUGACAGACAGCCAGGGCAAGGCCCAGUAUGUGCUGUCAGGCUCGUGGGAUGAACAGAUGGAGUGCUCUAAGAUCGUGCAGAGCAGCCCCAGCAGCCCCAACCCCGAUGGGAAGCAGAAGACGGUGUACCAGACCCUGCCGGCCAAGCCGCUGUGGAAGAAAUACCCGCUGCCGGAGAACGCGGAGAACAUGUACUACUUCUCGGAGCUGGCGCUGACGCUCAACGAGCAGGAGGCGGGCGUGGCGCCCACCGACAGCCGCCUGCGGCCCGACCAGCGGCUGAUGGAGAAGGGGCGCUGGGACGAGGCCAACACCGAGAAGCAGCGGCUGGAGGAGAAGCAGCGUUUGUGGCGGCGCCGGCGGCUGGAGGCCUGCGCUCCCGGCAGCAGCUGCGGCGCCGAGGAAGCAGAGAAGGAGGCGGACGCCUAUGUGCCGCUGUGGUUCGAGAAGAGGCUGGACCCGCUGACGGGGGAGACGGCCUGCAUGUACAAGGGCGGCUACUGGGAGGCCAAGGAGAGGCAAGACUGGCACAUGUGCCCCAACAUCUUCUGAGCGCCACCCCCUGCGGCAAAUGCAGGCGCCUGCACAGCCCGGGCCACCUUUUCUUCAAUGCACUCCAUUCAGUACAGAACGACCCUUCUCUCCCACCCGCCUGCAUCCCCCUCCUAUUUUCUUCUCCCUACCCCCCGCCUUUUUUUUAAAAGAACACUUUUUGGGAGCUCCCACCUCAGAAGGAGGAAAGUCUGACCCGGGUUCUCUCAGGACCCCUGGUGUGCUGGGUCACCUGAGCCCCUUCAUUGUGGACUUGGGCCCCACGGGAACCCAGCUCCCGGUUACCACAACUCAGGCCGGCUGGCCCGGGCCAUGGGCUGCCCGAGUCACCAGCCCCCAACCCAGGGAGGAACUGGCCCCGCCUAGGGAGCCUCUUUUGACUUUUUUAGAAAAAUGAUCUCCAAUUCUUUCCAGCCGUGACAUUUAGUAAAUAUUUUUUAGUACAGCACUUAGCAGACAGCUUUCCAAGUGUGCUCUCUUGCCACAAAUGUGUCCUGGCAAGAGCACCUUCUUUUUAAGACAUCAGAAAGCCAGAUCCCUUUGAGUUGGGAGCAUUUUGUAGCUCAACAUAGCAAGGCCCUGUUUGUAUUUAAGCUGCCCACCGCCCAAGAGCCCAAGGUCCCCAAGAGACCAGAACAGAAGGGGGCUGCCCUGACCCAGCAGAGCACAAGGAGUCUGUGGAGCUGCCACCCACCGAUGAGGGAGAGGAUCUGAGGGUAACAGCCCCUUGCCUAGCCUUGGAAGUGCUGGGGCAGCUCCGUAGCCCCAAAGAGGCCAGGAAGGGCUGGAAGGCAGGGCCUGCAGGUGCUCCCCACCCCGAGAACCAGGCCCCAAAUCAGCAAUAACGAACAAAUCCUUGGCUCAGCCUGGGCUAGUGAUCCAGGCACCAGAGACCCAGCAGCCCGUCUUGUCCUCAGGCGGCUCCGGGGGUGCCUCAUCUCAGCACCACCGAACUCUUUAUUUGCCUAAUUUAUAUAUAUGUGAUAUAUAAAUAUAUAUAAAAUAGCUAUUUUGCUUAAAUUUCUAUGGUAUGUGAAAGAGUAAAAAUGAUGAAGACAGGGCAUGCCUGUCUGAGUUUGGCCGUCCUGUCAGCUGUGCCCUGCCCCCUCCCUGGACCCUCUUCCAGCGGCUUCUGCCAACUUCGGGGUGUUGGGGGACUGGACAUUUGUGGCCACUGUCCCAGCCCCUCAGAACCCCUCACCACAACCUUUCCCACUUCAGUUUGGUCCUGAAAGUUCAUCACAGGGUGUUUCUUUCUACUCCAGGAUUGGUUUUGGUCUUAUAAAAAACAAAAGUGAAAACACCAUUGUGUGAAUUGCCUUAUGAUGCCCACUCAAGAGAGGUGGGACAGGGCAGGGCGGCCCUACCAGGCCUCCCCUCAGAGCUCAGAAUGUACCUCUUCCCAACACUGUUUGUGAGCAAGCACCUUUUGACAGGUAAUAAAAAACCUCGACUUUGGAGUUUUCCA